UCCUCCGGUCUGGCUCUUACCACUAGCCGAGCGGAGAAGCCGGCUUCUACUUCCUGCUGCGGAGAGCCGAGACGUCCCGCGUCGGAAUCUUGGCCUCUCUAUUCCCAGUAGCUCAGCGGAGCGUCCGAGCCCUGGCCCCGGGUCAGGCGCUGGGCUCCGGAACAGAGUCGAGGUAUAUGGUGCUUGAGCGCCAGCUAUGGAGAAGCCACAUGGGCAUGUGUCUGCAUACCCCGACAUCCUCUCCUUGGAGAACCGGUGCCUGGUGACAUUUCUUGACACGAAGACCAUGGAGAAGCCUCAUGGGCGUGUGUCUGCCCACCCAGACAUCCUCUCCUUGGAGAACCGGUGCCUGGCCACGUGUCCUGAUGUGAAGAGCAUGGAGAAGCCACGUGGACAUGUGUCUGCCCACCCAGACAUCCUCUCCUUGGAGAACCGGUGCCUGGCCACGCUCCCCAGUCUAAAGAGCACUAUGUCUGCCAGCACCUUGCUCCAGCAUCUCCAGAUACCUCACCUGGCGCAAGCUGACCUGUACAGCCUGAACACGAACAACAGCCUGUUCUCUGAGGCCCCAACCUGGAAGGCUCAGUGCAUCUCCGACGGACAAGACCUUCUGACCUGCACCAGGGCCCUGAAAUCUACCUCUGCCACUAAGAGAGCUCAGGAAUCACCACUGUAUCCCCAGGGACGUUGGUCCUCUUCAGAAGAAGAGAAAAAGCCAGAGAAGACAGAAGAGGCCCAGAUACCUUUUUAUAGUCUAAGCUUGGGAGAGGAGGAGGAGAUGGAGGAGCUGGCUCCGAAGCUCACCACCGGGGACUCCAAAUCUUAUCCUGAGCCCACUGACCAGGCCCUUCAGGAAAAGAAGAUGUCUCUAAUGAGCCUGCUGUGCUCUAGUCUGGCAUCGAAGGCAAACGCAAAAGAAGAAAAGUACUCCUUCCAGACUUUCCUCCUUAAAGCCUGUAGUGAACUUGCCCCCUUGGAACCUGAGUUUAUCCUCAAGGCGUCUUUGUACACCAGGCAGCAGCUGAACAUCCGAGAUGCAGCCAACAGAGUCUUGGCCAUUGCUGCCUUCUUGCCAGCCUGUCGCCCCUAUGUGCGACGAUAUUUCUGUGCCAUUGUCCAGCUGCCUUCUGACUGGAUCCAGGUGGCUGAGCUCUACCAGAGCCUGGCCGAAGAGCAGGAGGGCAAGCUGGUGCCCCUGCCUGCCUGCCUGCGUGCUGCAAUGACGGACAAAUUUGCCCAGUUUGAUGAGUACCAGCUGGCCAAAUACAACCCCCGGAAGCACCGGGCCAAGAAACGCCCCCGCCAGCCCCAGCAUCCUCCAAAGUCUGGACGUCCGUUUUCUGAGACACAAUAUUUACCAAAGUUUGUUCGGUUUUUUAAAGACGAACAGAAGCAGUUUGAGGCAGCCUACAAUGCAGUGCCAGAGAAAAAGGAGCAGCCAAGGUUCACCCUGAAGAAGCUGGUACAGCGAUUGCAUAUCCAGGAACCUGCCCAGCAUGUCCAAGCCUUGCUGGGCUGCAGAUACCCUUCCAACAUGCAGCUUUUUUCUCAAAGUCGCCUCCCUGGGCCGUGGGAUUCUAGCAGAGCUGGGAAGCGGAUGAAGCUGUCUCGGCCGGAGACUUGGGAACGAGAGUUGAGCUUACGGGGGAGCAAAGCUUCUGUCUGGGAGGAGCUCAUCGACAAUGGGAAGCUUCCCUUCAUGGCCAUGCUGAGGAACCUGAGCAACCUGUUGCGAGUUGGAAUCAGUGCCCGACACCAUGAGCUGGUUCUCCAGCGACUCCAGCAUGCGAAGUCAGUGAUCCACAGUCGGCAGUUUCCAUUCAGAUUCCUUAAUGCCCAUGAUUCCAUUGAUGGUCUUGAGGCUCAACUCAAAAAUAAAGCAUUACCGUUUCCUUCCAACGUACAACUGAUGAGGCGGAUAAUGAUUAGAAACUCAAGAAAUGGCAAAAGAUGUCCCAGUCGGAAUCUCCUUCAGCGCGUAACCUGUCGGGAACUUCGGGCAGCAAUGAUGAUGCCUGUGGUAUAUGAGCAGCUCAAGCGGGAGAAGCUGAAAAUACAUAAGGCUAGACAGGGGAAAUAUGAUGGUGAGAUACUGGAUCGGUACCGCCAGGCCCUGGAGACAGCUGUGAACCUCUCUGUGCAGCACAGCGUGCCCCCGCUGCCAGGCCGCACCCUCUUGGUCUACCUGACAGAUUCGAAUGCAAACAGCCUCUGCCCCAAGAGCAACCCACAAGGGCCCCCUCUGAACUACGUGCUGCUGUUGGUUGGAAUGAUGAUCGCGCGGGCGGAGCAGGCAGAGCUCCUGCUGUGCGGAAAAGGCACUCUGAAGACGGCUGUGCUGAAGGCAGAGGAGGGAAUCCUGAAGACCGCAACUGAGCUCCAGGCUCAAGUUCAGGAGUUGGAUGCAAAGGAUGAAGAUGAAUGGCCUUUGAAUACUUUUGGAAAGUACCUGCUGUCUCUGGCUGCCCAAAGGGUCCCUGUGGACAGGGUCAUCGUCUUUGGCCAAGUUACAAAUCAGAGAUUGAUAAAUGUGGCUAAACAGCUUUUCUGGCAACAUGUGAAUUCCAAGUGCCUCUUUGUUGGUGUUCUCCUGCAAAUGACAGGUUUAACGUUUACAAAUGUGAACCCCAAGGAUGUGACACUCUCAGGCUGUACUGACGGGAUACUGAAGUUCAUUGCAGAGCAAGGGGCCUCCCGUCUUCUAGAACACGUGGGCCAAAUGGACAGAAUAUUCAACAUCCCACCACCCCCAGGAAAGACAGGGCUCCUGUCUCUCAGGCCGCUGGAAGAGAAUAUUCCAAGCCCCUUGGCUCCAAUUUCCCAGCAUGGGCUGAGCCCAGCGCUCACCCCCAGAUGGCGCAGCAUCCGGCUUUUCAUUUCAUCCACUUUCCGGGACAUGCAUGGGGAGCGGGACCUGCUUCUGAGAUCAGUGCUGCCGGCCUUGCAGGCCCGUGCAGCUCCCCACCGCAUCAGUCUUCACGGCAUCGACCUACGCUGGGGCGUCACCGAGGAGGAGACCCGGAGGAACAGACAACUGGAAGUGUGCCUUGGGGAGGUGGAGAACUCACAGCUGUUCGUGGGGAUUCUGGGCUCACGCUAUGGCUACAUUCCGCCCAGCUACAGCCUCCCUGACUAUCCACACUUUCGCUGGGCCCAGCAGUACCCCCCGGGGCGCUCGGUGACAGAAAUGGAGGUGAUGCAGUUCCUGAACCGGGGCCUCCGCCUGCAGAACUCUGCCCCAGCUCUCAUCUACUUCCGGGAUUCCAGCUUCCUCAGUUCUGUGCCAGAUACCUGGAAAUCUGACUUUAUUCCUGAGUCUGAAGACGCUGCACAUCGGAUGACAGAACUGAAGAGCUACCUGAGCAAACAGAAAGAGAUUACCUGCCGCAGAUACCCCUGUGAAUGGGGGGGUGUGGCAGCCGGCCGGCCCUAUGUUGGGGAACUGGAGGAGUUUGGGAAGUUGGUUCUGCAGGAUGUGUGGAAUGUGAUCCAGAAGCUUUACCUGGAGCCUGGGUCCCAGCAGGAGCAGCCAGUGCCCACCCCGGAUGAUGACUCAGUCCAGGCCACCUUCCAACAGCUACAGAGCCCACCCAGCACUACCCGACCUCGCCUUCUUCAGGACAUAGUGCAGCAGCUGACACGGCACCGGGGGAGGCUAAGCCUGGUGGUUGGGCAGUCGGGACAGGGCAAGACCGCCUUCCUGGCAUCCCUUGUGUCAGCCCUGCAGGCUCCUGAUGGGACCAGAGUGGCCCCCUUAGUCUUCUUCCACUUCUCAGGUGCCCGCCCGGACCAGAGUCUUGCUCUCACCCUGCUCAGACGCCUCUGUGCCUAUCUUCAUAGCCAUCUACAGGAACCGAGUGCCCUCCCCAGUACCUACCGAGGCCUGGUAUGGGAGCUGCAGCAGAGGCUGCUGCCCAAGUCUGCUCAGUCCCUGCAUCCUGGCCAGAAUCUGGUGCUGAUCAUUGAUGGCGUUGACAGGCUGGUGGACCAGAAUGGGCAGCUGAUCUCAGACUGGGUCCCAAAGACCCUGCCCCGGGGGGUACACCUGGUGCUGAGCGUGUCUAGGGACACGGGCCUGGGGGAGACCCUGGAGCAGAGCCAGGAUGCUCAUGUGGUGGCCCUCGGGCCUCUGGAGCCGUCUGCUCGGGCCCGGAUGGUGAGAGAGGAGCUGGCUCUGUAUGGGAAGCGGCUGGAGGAGUCGCCUUUUAACAACCAGAUGCGGCUGCUGCUGGUGAAGCGGGGAUCGGCCCUGCCGCUCUACCUGCGCUUGGUCACGGAUCACCUGAGGCUCUUCACACUCUAUGAACAGGUGUCUGAGAGACUCCGGACACUGCCCGCCACUGUCCCCCUGCUGUUGCAGCACAUCCUGAACACCCUGGAGCAAGAGCACGGCCCUGAUGUCCUUCCCCAAGCCUUGGCCACCCUUGAGGUCACACGUAAUGGUCUGACCGUGGACCAGCUGCAUGGAGUGCUGAGUGCAUGGCGGUUACUGCCCAGGGGAGGCAAGACCUGGGAAGAGGCAGUGGCUGCUGAUAACAGUGGGGACCCCUACCCCAUGGGCUCAUUUGCUUACCUGGUCCAGAGUCUGCGAAGUUUGCUAGGAGAAGGCCCUCUGGAGCGCCUUGGUGCCCGGCUUUGCCUCCCUGAUGGGCCCUUGAGAACAGCAGCUAAACGUCGAUAUGGGAAGAGGCCAGGGCUGGAGAGCACGGCACACCUCCUCAUCACAGCUCAGCUCUGGAAGACAUGUGACCCUGAUGCCUCGGGUACCUUCCGAAGUUGCCCUCCUGAGGCUCUGGGAGACCUGCCUUACCACCUGCUCCAAAGCGGGAACCGUGGCCUCCUUGCGAAGUUCCUCACCAACCUCCACGUGGUGGCGGCACAUCUGGAACUGGGCCUGAUCUCUCGGCUCCUGGAGGCCCACGCCCUCUAUGUUUCUUCAGUCUCUGAAGAGGAACAAAAUCUCCCUGAUGCUGACGUGGCAGUAUUUCGCACCUUCCUGAGGCAGCAGGCUCCAGUCCUCAGACAGUACCCACUGCUCCUAUACCAGCAGGCAGCUAACCAGCCUCUGGACUCGCCUCUUUGUCACCAGGCCCCACAGCUCUCCCAGCGACGGCAACUCCCACGCACAGUGCGAUGGCUUAAUAAACCCCAGACCAUGGGGGGUCAACAAAGCUCCAGCCUGUCUCUGUCAGUUUCCUCGUCCCCCACAGCUGUGGCGAUCUCUCCCAAUGGACAAAGAGCAGUUGUGGGCACUGCCAGUGGGACAGUUUACCUGUUGGACUUGAACUCGUGGCAGGAGGAGAAGUCUGUGGUAAGUGGCUGCGAUGGCAUCUCUUCCUGUUUGUUCCUCUCGGACACAUCUGUCUUCCUUACUGCCUUUGACGGGCUCCUGGAGCUCUGGGACCUGCAGCAUGGUUGUCGAGUGCUCCAGACCAAGGCUCACCAGCACCAAAUCACCAGCUGCUGCCUAAGUCCAGACCGCCGGCUCCUAGCCACCGUGUGCCUGGGAAGAUGUCUCAAGCUGUGGGACACAGUCCGUGGGCAGCUGGCCUCUCAGCACACCUGUCCUAAGCCCCUCAACUGCGUUGCCUUCCACCCAGAGGGCCAGGUGAUAGCCAUAGGCAGCUGGGCUGGCAGCUUCAGCUUCUUCCAGGUGGACGAGCUCAAAGUCACCAAGGAACUGGGGGCCCCAGGAGCCUCUGUCCGUACCUUGGCCUUCAAUGCCCCUGGGCGAGUUGUAGCUGUAGGUCGGCUGGACAGGAUGGUGGAGCUGUGGGCCUGGCAAGAGGGGGCGCGGCUGGCUGCCUUCCCUGCCCACCAUGGCUUUGUUGCUUGUACCCUUUUCCUGCACGCUGGGAGCCAGUUACUGACAGCUGGAGAGGAUGGCAAGGUCCAAGUGUGGUCAGGGUCUCUGGGUCGGCCCCGUGGGUGCCUGGGUUCCCCUUCUCUCUCUCCUGCCCUGUGCGUGGCUCUCAGCCCAGAUGGUGAUCGGGUGGCUGUUGGGUACCGAGCAGAUGGCAUUAGGAUCUGCAGAAUCUCUUCAGGUUCCCAGGAGGGUCAGUGUAAAGCAGUGCAUGUGGCAGUGUCCGCACUGGCCUGGCUCAGCCCCGAGGUUUUGGUGAGCGGUGCGGAAGAUGGGUCUCUGCAGGGCUGGGCUUUCAAGAAAAGCUCCGUCCAGUCGCUCUGGCUCCUGUCCAAAUACCAGAAGCCUGUGCUGGGACUGGCUACCUCCCAGGAACUCCUGGCUUCUGUCUCAGAGGACUUCACAGUGCGGCUGUGGCCCAGGGGGCUCCUGACCCUGCCACAAAAGGCAGAAGAAUUUCCUUGUGGCAUUGAGCUUCGAGGACAUGAGGGCCCUGUAAACUGCUGCAGCUUCAGCACUGAUGGAGGCAGCCUGGCCACCGGGGGCAGGGAUCGGAGUCUGCUAUGCUGGGAUGUGAGGACACCCAGUGCCCCCGUUCUGAUUCGCUCCUUCUCUGCCUGUCACCGUGACUGGGUCACUGGCUGUGCCUGGACCAGAGACAACCUACUGAUCUCCUGCUCCAGUGACGGCUCGGUGGGGCUGUGGGACCCUGAGUCAGGACAGCAGCUUCGUCAGUUCCUGGGUCAUCAGAGUGCCGUGAGCGCUGUGGCGGCCGUGGAGGAGCACGUGGUAUCUGUGGGCCGGGACGGGACCUUGAAAGUUUGGGACCAUCAGGGCGUGGAGCUGACAAGCAUCCCUGCUCACUCAGGACCCAUCAGCCACUGUGCAGCUGUCCAGGAGCCACGUGCAGCUGGCCAGCCUGGGUCAGAGCUUCUAGUGGUGACUGUGGGACUGGAUGGGACCACAAGGUUGUGGCAUCCACUCUUGGUGUUUCAAACACACACCCUCCUGGAACACAGUGGCCCAGUCAGUGCAGCUGCUGUCUCAGACAUCUCAGGCCUCUUGCUGACUGCCUCUGAGGAUGGCUCUGUACGGCUCUGGCAGGUACCUAAGGAAGCAGAUGACACAUAUAUACCUAAGAAUUCUGCAGCCAUCACUGCUGUGGCCUGGGCUCCGGAUGGUUCCAUGGCAGUGUCUGGGAGUCUAACUGGGGAACUGAUCCUGUGGCAGGAAGCAAAGGCUGUGGCCACAGCACAGGCUCCAGGCCGCGUCAGUUCCCUGAUCUGGUCCUCGGCACACGCCUUCUUCGUUCUGAGUGCUGAUGAAAAAGUCAGUGAGUGGCAAGUGGAACUGCAGACGGGUUCAACGUCUAGAAAUUUCAGCCUUCACCUGAACCAAGUGCUGCAGGAGGACAUAGGGGUCCUGACAGGUCUGGGCCUGGCCCCUGAUGGUCAAUCCCUCAUCCUGGCUAAGGCAGAAUUGGAAUUGCUGCACAUGGUGCCAGGGAAUGAUCCCUCUGUAAUCUGGAGCUGCUAUGUGGAAGAUGGUCUUACAGUGUUGUCUACCCACAAGGAGUAUGGUAUAUUUGUCCUGCAAUCAAUAGCCCCUAAAGGUCUUUAUCUCUUAAGGCAAAAGGAAUUAGGAGAGUUUGAACAGUUCCUGGACUUUAAUCUGAACCUAGAAAGUCCUAGUGGGGCUCUAAUAUGUAUAACUCAGGCCAAACCUGAAUCUGAGUCCUCAUUUUUGUGUGCCAGCUCUGAAGGGAUGUUAUGGAACAUGGCCAGAUGCAGCCCUGAAGGAGAAUGGAUCACAGGUAACAUCUGGCAAAAUCCCGAAACCCCAAAUUCAGGGGCAGACUCAUCUACAUGCUUGGAAUUAAAUGUCGACAUGGACGUCUGGCCAAGAACCCCAGAUCUCACGACACGUCAGUGUAGAAAGAUCCACUCGGGCUCCGUCACAGCCCUCCAUGUGCUGCCUGAGUUGCUGGUGACAGCUUCAAGGGACAGAGAUGUUAAGCUGUGGGAGAGACCCAGUAUGCAGCUGCUGGGCCUGUUCCGCUGUGAAGGGGCAGUGAACUGCCUGGAACCUUUCCUGGGUCCUGAUUCUACCCUGCAGCUUGCUGUGGGAGACGCACAGGGCAAUGUAUACUUCUUGUCCUGGGAAUGAACAUGUUACACCUCAGAGGAAAGAUGAUACCUCUUGUUUUAGAGAUACAAAGCCUGAAGACACCAGGACCUGGCUUUCUUCGUAAGAUUAUGGAAAUAAAGUGCCAGAAAAUCUUAA